CUGUGACAAAUAUUGUUCCCUGCAAAUAUUUUUUAUGUCUCGGGAUCCAAUUAAAUGGCCUCUGUAACCUCAUUUAAUGCAUCACCUUCAUAUAUCUAAUAGUACUAGCUUUCACUUCUGUUAAGCUUUAAAAUAGUAAUGGAGGCAAAGAAGAGAGAAAUGAAAUCAAAAAUGGACGAGUAUGAAGUUAUAGAACAGAUUGGAAGAGGCACUUUUGGAGCUGCAUUUCUUGUUCUUCAUAAGCUUGAAAAUAAAAGGUAUGUGCUGAAGAAAAUUCGUUUGGCAAAACAAACAGAAAAAUUUAAGCACACAGCACAUCAAGAGAUGAAUUUGAUUGCAAAGCUAAACAAUCCUUAUAUAGUGGAAUACAAAGAUUCAUGGGCAGAGAAGGAGUGCUAUAUAUGCAUCGUCACAAGUUAUUGCGAGGGAGGAGACAUGGCUCAAGUUAUAAAGAAAGCUAGAGGAACAUAUUUUCCUGAAGAGAAACUCUGCAAAUGGCUGACACAGUUGUUACUGGCGGUGGACUACCUCCACUCUAAUCGUGUUCUUCACAGGGAUUUGAAAUGCUCAAACAUUUUUCUCACCAAAGGCGACGAAAUUCGGCUAGGUGACUUUGGUCUUGCAAAAUUGCUGAACAAGAAGGAUCUUGCAUCUACCAUUGUGGGAACGCCCAACUACAUGUGCCCGGAACUUCUUGCAGAUAUUCCGUAUGGCUACAAAUCAGACAUUUGGUCUCUAGGUUGCUGCAUGUUUGAGAUUGCUGCUCAUCAGCCUGCAUUUAGGGCUACAGAUAUGGCUGGUCUAAUCAACAAGAUAAACCGUUCCACCAUUUCUCCACUCCCAACUCUAUAUUCGUCUCCGUUAAAACAAUUAAUCAAAACCAUGCUGAGGAAGAAUCCAGAGCACAGACCAACAGCUGCAGAAUUAUUAAGACACCCAGUUCUACAACCGUACCUUGCUUGCUGCCAAAAUCUAUCUCCCGUCUUUCUCCCUGUGAAGUCUGAAUACAUCUGCAAGAAUAAACCCAAAGACAGCCGAAUAUCUAACAAGUCUAGUGCUCAUCACGAGAACAUCAAAGGUUACAAAUUGAAUCCAGUAAGCAAUCGUGGAUGGCUUCUAGAAAAGAAGGUUGAUGCCAAACAUCCAAAUGUACAAGUAAAUGACACACACAGCAGCACAGAACAGGUUGAAAGUGCUAAUUCAGAAAUCACGAAUUCAGAAAGCAUAGUGAAGAUUCACACUGAACAUGUCAAACAAGAGAUAACUAGUAAACAUCUCCAGUUAGUUCAAAACAAGCUUCCGGGAGUUGGAGAAACUUAUCUUUCCAGGUAUAAGAAGCCACCUUCACCUGGUAAAGUUACAAUAUCUAGUGAGAAUGGAAGCAGAACAGAAGAUAAUCUUAACCCUUCGAUGCAAAUGAUUAAAGAAAAUAACCGGGAAUCACAUGGAGGCUCCAGCGAUCAGUCGUUUCUUAGCACACUAACUUUAAUCCAUGGUGACGAGACCAGAACUGACUGGAAUCCAAAGAGCUUGCAAAGAGCAGAAGCUCUGGAAUCACUGCUAGAGAUAUGUGCAAGUUUGAUUAAAGAGGAAAGGUUUGAAGAACUAGCAGGAGUGUUAAGACCAUUUGGCGAAGAGGUAGUGUCAUCAAGGGAAACAGUAAUAUGGUUGACAAAGAGCCUAAUGAAAGUAAAUAAGAACAGCAAUAAUGGAGCACAGUAACAUCACAUCUCAAACUAAAUGCUAAUCGUACUAGCAAGUUAUACUUGCUAAAUAAUUUGAUGCUAUUAAGAACAGAGAUCAAGCAGUGUAAUUUAGCUUACUAGAAGUGUAAUUCUUUGUAUUUUUGCUUUUGGGUCUUGAUUGACAAUGUACAUUGUACAGUAAGGACUAAGAAAUUAAUUGUGAGUUAGGCUGA